CAAAUCAUUUCAUCACACAUUCGACACACAUUAGUUCCCUACUUGCUGGCAAAAGGUUUAGCGCGGUUUUAUACCUCCCAAGAUAAAAAUGCCUAAUAAUUACGAUACCUUUUCUGGGGUUGAUGAUCCAGUGUGGCCAGAAUAUGUAUCGGAAAGAGAGCUGCAAGGUGAUUAUCUACAAAAGGCUGAACAAAUACUGGACAUGGCUUUGGUAACUCUGGAAACGUACGAUGGGCCCCGCUACAUAGUAGACAAAUUGCUAAGGGCCUCUCGAAGCAGCGUCUACUUAUAUCAAAUUAACGCUCUUCUCAUUGAAUCCUCGGAUGUGGUGCAUGAGUGUAAUGCUACGAUUCUGUAUGAACCUUGGAUGAAGGCCAAUUGUAUUGCCCAGGCCGUAUUUGAAUUCGUUGAUGAUGAGGAAAAUAAGAAAAUUGUUGUAAGACGCAGAGAUGAAGUGCCAUAUUAUAAAAAUGUAGUGGCACUUGAUGGUGAUGCCAUAACGCCUGAAACUUCAUAUAUACCGCUACGAAUUGUUGAAAAUGCUGGUGCCUAGAGAAAUAAAGUUUCGUUAAGUAUAUCCAA